CAUAGGUUGGACGUCCACUGGUCAUUUCCAGUAUUGUUGGAUUUGGUCCUGGAACUCCAAGGAAGCAAGUGAUCAUUCCUUACAAUAUACUGCUGGAGACACCGGCGUUCCUCAGUGCUGCACUGUUGUUAUUUUUUGGAAUGUUAUAGGUCUACUUGUUUUGAUGAAUCCUUCUCUUGGCGUAAUGCUGUUUGGAGCUGUUCAAUCUACUUGGAUUAUCUUUUUGCUGAUUUGGAUUGGAUUGCGGCAGUGUAGAAGAAAGCAACAGUAUCAUGGAGUGUUGCCUCGCUUGUUUGGGUGACUUGUUUGAAGUUUUAGAAUUUUUGCUAAAUUUGUUUCUACCUGCAGGUGCUAGGUUAAUUACAGGCUACAGCUGCUAGAUAGUUACUGGUUUCUUUUGGUUGUCAAUGGCGGAAGUAACAAGGAAGCAUUCUGGAUGCCAAGAAUCUAGUCUUGACCAUGGAGUCUUUAAAGUAGAAGGAAAAGAGGCAGGAGUUACAUAUUCACAGCAAUCUAAUGGAUGUUUAAUGCUCGAACAAGAAGCAACUGAUAACACUGAAUUGCUGGAAAAGGGAAUUAUGGAAUUUGGUUGUUUGCACUAUAGACGAAGGUGUCGCAUCAGAGCUCCUUGUUGUGGUGAGGUCUUUGACUGUCAUCACUGUCAUAAUGAGGCAAUGAACCAUAUUAACAUCGAACAGAAGAAGAGACAUGAUAUCCCUCGCCAUAAAGUCAAUAAGGUCAUAUGUUCGCUAUGUGAUACUGAACAGGAGGUUCGGCAAGUUUGCAUCAACUGUGGUGUAUGUAUGGGGAAGUAUUUCUGUGAGAUCUGCAAGCUGUUUGAUGAUGAUACAUCCAAGAGACAGUAUCAUUGUGAUGGUUGUGGAAUUUGCAGAAUUGGCGGACGUGAGAACUUCUUCCAUUGCUAUAAGUGCAGAUGCUGCUAUUCUAUUCUUCUGAAGAACGGCCACCCAUGUGUUGAAGGAGCAAUGCAUCAUGACUGCCCUGUUUGCUUUGAGUAUCUAUUUGAGUCAAGAAAUGAUGUGACAGUGUUGCGAUGUGGACAUACCAUUCACACAAACUGCUUUAAAGAAAUGAGGGAUCAUUACCAAUAUGCUUGCCCUCUUUGCUCCAAGUCAGUCUGUGAUAUGUCCAAGUUAUGGGAAAAAAUUGAUGAGGAGAUUGCAACUACACCUAUGCCAGAACCGUAUCAAAAUAAAAAGGUUUGUAUCCUUUGUAAUGAUUGUGGAGCAAAAUCUGAAGUACAGUUCCAUUUUGUGGCUCAAAAAUGUCCAAACUGCAAGUCGUAUAACACUCGGCAGACAAGGGGCUAAAGUGGCAAAAGGCCAAAACAGGGGGAAUAUUUCUUGGUUCUGCUGUUGAUUUUUGCACUUGGAUUCAAAAUGAGAAGAACGACAGAUAUAUAUUCAAGUCUUUAGCAUAGAACUAUCCGGGUGAAUCAAUCAACAAAGGUCGAUGAAGGGUGGCAUGCGUGAAGUACAUGAAUGUUCGAAAAUGCCCAUCAUUGACUGGUUUAAUUGUCAUUUCAAGCAAAAUAAUGUAGCCCAUUUACUGUGGACAAAUUGUUUCUUUUAAUAAUGAAUUAAUUUCCAAAUUUGCCCUUUAAAUUGUGCACUGUUUACUGGUCUUAUUACCUUUUUACAUCCAUUAUCAAAAUAAUAAAGCUCAUUUAACUGU